AUGUUUUCACAUCCCCAAGAGUCCUCUGAGGAUCAUGAAAAAUCGUCUGGAUGGUCCUCUGCCCGACAGCGUCUUUCACGUCUGUUUGGGCUACGUCGCAGAAAUAAGCGAUUAACGGCAACCUCGAAAAACAAAUUUGCUGUUUCACAUGAAGACGUACCUAGCAACAAGCGCUUACCUUGUUCUCAAAGGGAAAUAAGCCAGUUCAACAUGAAUGAAUCCUCUUCUGAGCAUGUUCUCAAUGAUUCAAGCCAAAGCGAAGCCGAUACUAGCCAUCGAAAUCAACACAGAAACGACGGCCGUUAUCGCCGCCAUGGCCACAGCCGUAGCCAACGCCAUAGUCAACGCCAUAACCAUUCUCUGAGUUCUUCAGAUAGCUCUUCGGAAUCUGGCUCUGAGAGGAAAGGGAGAGGCAGACAUCAUGAUUCGCGUAGGCUGAAGCACUCGCAUUUCAACUCAUCGCCCCCGUCGCCAUCCACGGAUGAUGAAGCAGAUGAUCGCACGAUUCUUAACAAAAGAGAUAUUGUUUCGUGGAAAAAAUGGUUUCUUUCUCGUCCUGGGCAUUCAAGGCUUCUAUUGAAAAUUCCGGAUCACUUUCUUGCCGAUGAAUUCAACUUUUUAGAUUUGAUCACCGGAAAGCCACACGUCCGCAGGCUCCUUUCGCGGAUUAUUGGAUCGACUUAUGCCGAGGCGGACGAAAUUUCCUCAGAAGAAUGCGGUUCUGAUAGCGCAUCCGAGGCAGAGGAGGAUGCCAAAAUGCAGGCUGAAGAUGCAAAGACAAAAUCCGAAUUUCUAGCGACCCCAGUGAUAAGAGAUGCAAUUCAGCUUUACAUCCUGCUACAUGCCCGUUAUAUUCAAACGCGAGAAGGUCUUCUCCGAAUGGCCAAGAGAUACUCUCGAGGCGAUUUUGGCGUAUGCCCGCGCUUCAACUGCUCCAUGGAGCGGCUGCUUCCUGUCGGGCUUUCUGAUCUAACUGGAGAGGCCCGUGCGCAGCGAUAUUGUCCCUCUUGUAACGACAUUUAUCAUUGGUCCUCUGAGAUCUAUUGGAAUAUCGACGGGGCAGCUUUUGGGACCACAUUCCCCCAUUUCUUCUUUCUAUCGUUUCCGUCAUUUGUGCGUGGAGAGCUUAUGGAGGGAGAUGCAGAGCUGAUAGACGGGUGCAAAGAUUUACAAAAGCCAAAGAUGGCAUGCACCCUUCCUCCUCUCUUUCUAUAUGAGCCCAAAAUAUUUGGCUUCAAGCUGCUCCCUGUGCACAAACGAGAGUUUGUUUCUCACGAUGGAAACUCCUUUCACGUAGCGGAACCAAAAUACCAUCUUAACAUUCCCAUUUUGAAUUGCGAUCGUGGCAGGGUUGAAUCCAUUGGCCAGGGGGAGGGUCUUUCAAUCUCCAACUGGGGACGUUCCUUGAUACGUAUAAGGUGUCAAUCACAUGCAGAUGAGUACGACGUCCCCUUAUUUCCAGAUCGUUUUUGUCAUCAGUACCGUGUUGCAAAUAUUGGAGACAUUGGUUGCACGGGCCUCUCGGCUUGUGAUGAACCUCAAUGUACUGGGUGA